UGUACUAUCAACUAUGUAAUGUUACUUAGAUUUUAAUUUUUAAAUUUUAAUAAUGCGAAUUGCGAUACUAUGCGACACUGACUAGUCUACACUAGAUAUAGUCGUCAUUUGUGUUUCGUAAUCAUAAAAUGAAAAGUAAUUUUCACGUAACGUAAAUAGUUUUUAAAUUACAAAUAUUUAUUAAAUACCUUGCUUACGUACUGAUGAUUAUGCUAUAAGUCAUCCUCGUAUGUACCAUUUAAUAAUUGCAUAUCUAGACAAUCAAAAACAAUAUACAUGUUGUUGUAAACAAACAUCGCUGAUUGUUUCGCUACUUGUUUGUGUGUUAUCAUUGUUCACGUACACUACAUCGGACGAUUAUAUCGUCACCAGUUAUUGUGAUUCUUCGGUUGUGCCCGGCCGUCGGUUCGACUCGGUCGAGUUAUAUAAAUUGCGUAAACUGGGCGAAGAAAACAUAAUCGGACUUGGAUACAUUCUUGAAAAGUACUCUUGAAUUUCGCGUUAUUCUUGAAGACAAUGCGGGGCACUAAAUUAGUUGUAUUUGCUUUAACUGUGUUUUGUUUAUUUGCAAGAAACUCUUUGGGAUUAUCUCCAGUUAUUUUAAUACCAGGAGAUGGGGGUAGUCAACUGGAAGCUGUAUUAAAUAAAUCUGAGGUUGUCCAUUAUAUAUGUGCAAAAACAUCCAAUGAUUAUUUUAAUAUUUGGCUAAAUUUAGAACUUUUGGUGCCAUUUGUGAUUGAUUGUUGGGUGGAUAACACUAGAUUAGAUUAUGAUAAUGUAACAAGGACCACAAAAAAUCCUCCUGGUGUAGACAUACGGGUGCCGGGAUGGGGAUACCCAGAGCCUGUGGAAUGGUUGGACCCGUCCCAUGAUUCUGAGGGUGCUUAUUUUAAUAGCAUAGGUGAUGCUCUAGUCAAAAUAGGAUAUGUAAGAAACCAAUCACUUCGUGGUGCACCUUAUGAUUUUAGGAGGGCACCAAAUGAGAAUGGGGAAUUUUUUGUCAAAUUAAAAUCCCUUGUUGAAGAAACAUAUAACAUGAAUAAUAAGUCGCAAGUGACUCUGCUGGUACAUAGCAUGGGUGGGUCAAUGGCUCUACAUUUCCUGAGACUGCAGUCACAGGCGUGGAAGGAUCAGUAUAUAAGGAGAAUGCUGUCUUUGUCCACACCGUGGGGUGGAGCUAUGAAAGCAUUGAAGGUGUUUGCUAUUGGGGACGACCUGGGUUCUCUCAUGCUGCGCGAAAGUACAAUGCGUACGGAGCAGAUCACCUGUCCCUCACUCGCGUGGCUGCUGCCUUCGCCUAACUUCUGGAAGCCUACUGAAGUGCUAGUACAGACUGAUAAGUUCAACUAUACUAUCAACGAUUUACAAAAGCUGUUCACUGACAUGGACCUUCCAAAUGCGUGGGAGAUGCGAAAAGACACGCAACAAUUCACUCAAGACUUCUCAGCGCCAGGAGUCGAAGUACACUGCGUCUAUGGGUACAACAUCUCUACAGUUGAAAAACUCGAAUACAAGCCUGGCACGUGGCUGGAUGGCUACCCAACUCUGAUAAUGGGAGACGGCGACGGCACCGUCAAUCUACGAUCUCUUAGCGCUUGCGAGCACUGGGCGAAGCGGCGAGGCUUCACAACACUCAACAAGAACAAGCCAAUAAAAUCUGUGCCCUUAAAGCAAGCGGAACAUCUGAAGAUACUCCACGACCCACGAGUACUGGACUAUAUCACUACGGUGAUGAAGAAUGAUUAAAAUAGAUAAAUAAUCACCUGUAAAGUAUUUAAGGUAAUGGUGCAUAGUUAAUUUUAGCAUAUUGAAAUUGAAUUUAGUCCUCAUUUUAUAAGUGAUUA